UACUUUACUUUAGAACAAACAAAAAGUUUACUUUCCUCUUUCUAUUUUUGGUUUCUUAGAGUGCACUUUUCAACUAUACCUAUUGAAAUUCAUAAAAAUAUUCAUCUUCUAGCUUUGUGAAAUAUGGGAAGAACACCUUGUUGUGAUAAAAGUGGACUCAAAAAAGGUCCAUGGACACAAGAAGAAGAUCUUAUGCUUAUCAACUACAUUAAUACUCAUGGACCUGGAAAUUGGCGCAACCUCCCCAAAAAUGCUGGUCUUCAAAGGUGUGGUAAGAGUUGUCGUCUUCGAUGGACAAACUAUUUGAGACCUGAUAUCAAGAGAGGAAGGUUCUCCUUUGAAGAAGAAGAGAGUAUCAUUCAGCUCCACAGUGUCUUGGGAAACAAGUGGUCUGCUAUAGCUGCUAGAUUACCCGGAAGAACAGACAAUGAAAUAAAGAACUACUGGAACACGCACAUUAGGAAAAGACUACUUCGAAGUGGAAUUGAUCCUGUUACUCAUACUCCACGUCUCGAUCAUCUAUUUGACAUGUCCUCCAUUAAUAUUCUCAGAUCAGCUUUAUUAGGAGGAACCAACCCAAUGAACCCAUCAUUUCUGAACUUAUUAGGUGGUGCUCAAGCUUUCAUGAACCCUGAAUUGUUAAAGCUAGCUGCAACGGCCACAUUAUUAAACAACAACAUAAAUUUGGGUUCGCAUAAUCAACAACAAAUCAAUAAUGCUGCUAAUGGUACUCAACAACAAGUGCAAAAUCAAGUUUACAAUCAAGAUCAAUUUCAAAUACCAACUCAAACACACAAUGUGAAUAAUGGCUUAUUAGGAAACAUGAGUUGUUCAAGUUCAGCUGAAAAUACAAAUCCUUGUUAUUUUGGAGAGGACUUGAUUUCUAAACAAUAUUCAGAAUUGUUUCAUUGCCUAAAUAAUGAUGGAAACAAAAACAGUAUGGGAUAUGAAUCAGUUAUAUCGACUACGCCUUUAUCGACGACACCAACUCCAUCACCAACUUAUGUGAAUAGCUGCACAGAGGAAGAGAGGGAUACAUAUUGCAGUGACAUAUUCAAGUUCGAAAUUCCGGAGAGUACUUUGGAUAUUAAUGAUUUCUUGUAAAUGUGUGUAUAUACGAUUGCAGACUUUGUUUAAUAUGAACAAGUAAGAUAGUUUUGUAUCGUGCACGAGUUUAUUUUUCAUUAUUGGAUCAAUAAAUCUAAUAGUAUGUUUUAUUGAUCAAAUAGCGAAAGUUAAUUUAUGCAUGAUGCAAGACUUACGUCACUUGCGCAUUGUAGAAUUAGAUGUAUGUAAACUUUUAGUUUGCAUUCUUUAUUCUUGGUGUUAUUUAAUUUUGGGGUCAUUAGGAAUAAUUUGUUGUCGUGAUGUUCAUUAUUUUUUGCUUUAAAUUAGUUG